AUGGAUCCAGUAACAGCUGAUGAUUCUGACAGCGGCACCGGCUGUAAAAUACCCACCAACACACAGGACACACAGACAGACCUGUCUCAUCCUGACUCUACAAAAGAACCUGUAGUUCAACCUGAGAUUCAAUCCCAGCGCCGCUCUUACCGGGCCGGUCUAGAGGGACAAACGGACAUCUCACCCGGACACGUGGGAGACCCGUUACCGGACGUCCAUAACGCUUCGUUUGAACAAUAUGAUCAAGAUAACGGACCUAAUUUCCACCCUGACAACGGUGAAGCACAUUCACCGCUACAGGCAAACGUUGCAAAUAUAUACUAUACAAACGGUGGAAAAACUGAACAGAAUCAAACACUUUAUGUUGAUAAUCCACUGGUAGAAUCAGAAGAACCGCCAAAAGACAUCUACGAUACUGAAGGUCAUAACACACAAAGCGUAGCGCAACACCGACUGUUGGGCACCUGUCACAGAGAAACACCAGCCUCUGUCUAUCAGUCCGGUCGAGAUGCCGACGAUGCCUGUAUGGACAGACCAGGUGUCGGGAUCUGUGAGACAAACAGCAAAGCAGAAGACAUCGAUCAUAGUGACAUUGAAACAGAGACUGUCGUUAAACAGUUGAAGGAUGUUGAAAACUCUAAAACAGACAGUGGUGAAGCCAUGUCUGAUGACGAGUGGAUCCGUCCAUAUGCAGUGGCGUAUGAUCAGUUCGGUUACAGCAGGACACAUGACGAACAAGGGGAUGUUUUCCCCGAUGUCCAGCCGUACGCCGUUGCUUAUGACGAUGAUAAAGAACAUUAUGAAAACCAAACAUCUACCGGCCUUGCUGUUGGCAAUGGGGGCGACGAACUACGCCCCAACCCUAAUAAUGGGAACGCGUUACUUCCAAACCCUAUGUACAGUGGUAACGUGUUACAUCCCAACCCUAUGUACAUGGGUAACGCGUUACUACCCAACCCUAUGUACAGUGGUAACGCGUUACUACCCAACCCAAUGUACAGUGGUAACGUGUUACAUCCCAACCCAAUGUACAGUGGUAACGUGUUACAUCCCAACCCUAUGUACAGUGGUAACGCAUUACAUCCCAACCCGAUGUACGUCCCAAACGGUGCACAGCCAAGGACAUGUGGAGGUCAAAUUAAUGGUUGCGUUAUCACUACAGGUGUGACCUUUGUGAUACUGAUGAUUUCUGUAGCUCUCAUUGGAAUCUUCGUGCCUGGGAAUUCGAAGCAAGACAGUUUAAGGGCAACAACCUGGCCGGACCUCACUUUCACAGGUAAAACUACAGACCAAAGCCGACAUGUGGACAACACGUCACCUCAACCAACCAGCACUGAAGGAAAAGAAACCGAUGAGCUUGAGGUGAAACAAACGACAAUUGUUUUCGUUAGAAUGGGACAUGAACCCGGCACGUUUAAUGGGAGAGAAGGUGUUGUCGUGUCGCCUAGCAAUGAGAUAUUUAUAAGUGACGGCUUGAACAAGCGAGUUCAAGUGUUCAGCAUGAAGGGCGUCCACCUUCGACAGUUCCCCACCAUCACGUCAGAAAGCGACUGCCGGUCGAUUUUACCCAAAGACAUUUCCAUCGACGGGAAGGGCCACCUGUGGGUGAUCGGUGACUGUAGACCGUCACCGUCAGGACGCAUUGUUCGGUAUACAGAAACGGGACAUCACAUAACAACCCUUCACCCCUCCCUGCCUAACAAUACUUUCUUUGGCAUCGCAGUGGACGCACUUCGCAGUCAUGUGGUAGUGACAGAAGCCUGGCUUGACUAUUCAGUAGUAAAGGUUCUGCAUUUUAGCGGCGCGGUUGUUCGCGAGUUCAGGGUCCAGCAAGGUUCGGAUCACGUAGAAGCGGUCACUGUAGGACAAAACGGAAACAUUUUUGUAACCGACCACUGGUCAGAGGUUCACGUGCACGUGUACAGUGAAACCGGCCGUUAUCUGUUCAGGUUUGGAGAUGAAGAGAAACUAACAGAAGUCACAGGAAUCCGUACAGACAGUUCCGAUAACGUUCUUGUAGCGGACGGGGUCGGUGGGAAAGUGGAACUGUUUACAAAGGACGGGCGGUACGUUCGCACAGCCGCUUCUGGUUUGUUCUUUGCGGACAGUGUAGCAGUAGCGCCAGGGGGACAGCUGGUAGUAACUAAUGGUGAAAAUAAUACCGCCACUAUAUUCCCACACUACUGA